AUGGAUAUCCGAGGUGAUGGCGAAGUCACAAGGCUGGGAGCUGGUGAAUCAUAUAGACCUAAUCAUAACCGACGCUCACCACCGCGAGCCGAUACUUUCAGGUCCGACCGGGACAGAGACAGGUCACCUCGCAGAGAUCGACGAACUCCACCAUUAUCCAGCGACAGUUAUCAUCCUGGCGGACGUGAUCGUUCACCAAGACGUAGAUCAAGAACGCCUCCAUAUCGCGCAAGAGACCGAUCACCACUUCGAGAUAUGACUUGGCGUGGCAGACCCAGGUCACCACUUCGAGGAGCUCGAACUCCAUUGAGAGCCCGAAGUCCAAGGAGAUUUUCUCCUAGACGAGACGAUGACCGCAGAGAGCGACCUAGAUCUCCAAGAAGAGACGACAGGAGACGUUCAAGGUCACCUUUUGAUCGUAGCCGUACACCCCUUCGAGCUAGAUCCCCCAUCCGAGCUAGAUCUCCCUUGCCUCGCAGAUCACCACCGCCUGGCCCGAGAGGCUCUUGGCGCCCACGUUCUCGCAGUCGCGACCCGAGAGAUGUUCGCACCCCUCUUGGACCAAGUUCACAAAAUUGGAGACGUCGUUCACCUUCACCCAUACGCCGGAGAUCGCCAUCUCCAAUCAGGCGUCGGUCUCCUUCUCCAGCUCUCCGUGAUUCAGAAAGAUCAUCAGGUAGAAGUUCUGGCACCAAUUCCCGUAGAUCAUCUCCACCUGUCCACCCUAGCAGGCAAGCUUUAACGCAAGCAGCAACCCGCGAAGCAAUACGUUCACCUGUGCCAGUCAGAGACCGAUCCCCUCCAGCUUUGGCUCAUAGACAAAGAGAGCAAGAAACUUCAAGAUCCGCCCCGAAAGAUCGGUCACCAAUUCGUCCUACGGCCCCAAGAUCACCUCCUAGGGGCCCAGCAGCAACGUUCCGAGCCCCAACUGGACCCAGUGGAGGCCGCAACUUCGCUGCGCCUAUUCCAUCCGGCCCUUCUUCAAACUAUAAUUCGAGAGCUGGUUCUGAGAGCAAUGGUCACAUCGCUCCACCAUCAGGCCCACGUGGUUACGCUCCACCUCGUGGCCCUUCCGCUUCUUUAAGAGGUGGUCGAUCAUCGUUUAGCAACGACCGUCACAGCCGUCCAGAUACCUCGUCUUGGGGAGCAGCACCUCCGGCUCGAUCCAACGCAGAAUUAAGCUCAAGAACUAGUCUACCUCCACCGCGUCCUCCUCCAAGUGUCUCACCCUCACCAGCUAGGGACACUCCCCCUGCUGCCCCCACAGGCCCUUCGGGCAUUCCCACAGGCCCUCGCGCAGGCACUACAGUUCCUUCUCGUCCCUCACUUCAACAUCCCUCUAAUAUAUAUCAUAGCCGCGGUUCCAUCUCGGGUCCCUCAUCUGGUCCUCGUAUACACCCAGCAAUGGUAGGCAUUCCACCCAUCAUACCGGGAGGGAGGAUUGAUCCAACAGCCUCUGGAAUUUCUGCAGAUCUAGCAGCUCGUCUCAAGAAAAAGGAAGAGGAAGCGGAGGUUUUAAGAGAGGAAGUGAAGCAAAAACAGGAGAAGCUUAGGAAGGGAUUAAAACAUUGGGAUAGAUUGAGCAGGGAAAGUGCAAGUAUGGGUUUGAAAAGCGAGUUGAGCGAGAGACAUUUGAGAAUUUUAGCUGGUGAGAGCGUAGGUGGAAAGGCCUUUUAA